CAACUUUGGCGCCCCACGACGACGGGGCUCCACCCGAACCACCAGUCACCAGUAUGAACGGGUCCGUGACCCACGGGCCUAUGCCCUUCCCUGCCUCGUGCGCCGGGGCGCCGCUCGUCGUCUUCGCAACGAUGCUCAUCGACGUGGUGAACAGCAGGUUCGAGGCCGAGUACCAGCGUCGGAGGAAGGAGGACGAGGCGAGGGCCGUUGACGAAGAGUACGACUUUAUUGUGGUGGGCGGAGGCACCUCAGGAUGUAUCCUCGCUUCACGCCUUUCAGAAUCGACGAGCGCGACUGUUCUGCUUUUAGAACGAGGUGGCACUGAACCCGAGGAAGCCAGAGUGCCCGCUCUUCAGCCGUACGUUUGGAGGUCCAAUUCCGUCGAGUACCCCAAGUCGGUAUCAGAGCAGCAGAACUGCAACGGUACUGGUUGUACCAUGACCGUACCCUUCGUUCUUGGAGGAGGCUCGACGUUAAAUGGCAUGAUGUACGUUCGAGGCAGCGCUGUGGACUAUGACAGCUGGGCAGACGCAGUCGACGAUUCCUCCUGGAAUUUUACCAACGUCCUUUACUACUUCAAGCGGGCUGAGCGCAACCUGGAUCUGCCCAUAGCUUGGGACACAGAAUAUCACUCUUCGAGUGGUCCGCAGCGCGUGUCGUGGCAGCAAUACCGGCACCCCGUCAUGCAUCGCCUCGCCAAGGCGAUGCUCCACGAGGGCGUCCCGUUCCGCCUGGACGUGAACUCGCGUGACCAGCUGGGCUUCACCGUGGUGCAGACGACGACUGACGGAGGCGAGCGGUACUCUACCUACAGGAGUUACCUUGAGCCUGCGAGGCGCCGCUCGAAUCUUCAAGUGCGGACGUAUGCUACGGCCACUAAGAUUCAAAUUGAAAGGGGAUUGGCCACGGGCGUGCACUACAGAGGCGCCGAUGGGAAGGAUCAUUUUGCAAGAGCAAGGAAGGAGGUUGUUUUGACAGCUGGUUCAUUGUAUACGCCGCAUCUUCUCAUGUUGUCCGGAAUCGGGCCUUCAAAACACUUACAGGAGGCGAACAUCCCCAUAGUCGCCGACCUGCCGGUGGGCGAGACGCUGCAGGACCAAGCUCGCGCCACCGGCGCUGAGUACACGUGCAGGCCACCGCUCUGCAUGGUGGACUGGAGGAGCAGCCAGCGCGAUCUAGAUGUGUAUGAGCGCACGCGCCGCGGCCCACUGGCCGCCAACGGAGUCGCGGCCCUGACCGCGUUCUUCCAUUCGGGAAAGGGGUCCCAGGUCGGGCCGCCAAAGCAGCCCGACGUUCAACUAUUGUUCUUUGGCUCUGCGAGGGGCACCGGAGAAAGGUGCAUGGACGGCUCGUGGCGUCUGAACUGCGUCUCCGUCGUGGCCGUGGCACUGCACCCCAGCAGCCGCGGGAGCGUGCGCCUCAACACGUCGGCGCCCACGUCCGCGCCGGUGGUGCGCCUCGGCUAUUACGAGAAGGCCAGCGAUGUGGACGUGGUCAUGGAGGGCGUGCGGAGGGCACGGCGGCUAGCGGCGCCCCUGAGGUCGCUAGGGCUAGAGCUGAUGCCAAACGACUGCGGGGGCUUCCCGCACGACUCCGACGAGUACGCUAGGUGCCUCGUGAGGACAACGUCUGGCGCUACGUAUCACUGGGUGGGUUCGUGUCCCAUGGGCCCGGGUGACAAAGCCGUCGUGGAUACCAGACUUCGGGUCCAUGGGUUGCGCCACCUGCGAGUCGCCGACGCGUCCGUUAUGCCGUCCCUUCCGAGCGGCAACACUAUGGCGGCCGUCAUCAUGGUGGCAGAGUACGCUGCGGACCUCAUCAAGAAGGAACACGUCAUCAGCCACUGAUGUUGACGUAGUUGCGUGUGUGCCUUCCUGAAAGAGAACAGAUUGACAUUCUUUUAUUCGCCCAGAUCUAUUCCCACCCUGUGUGCCUGGUGUGUGUCUCUGCCCCUCAUCAGACCCUAACUGAACGUGACUGAGAGGUUUGCACGGGUCACUUCGACGUAUCCAAGCAGAGAAGGCGGAUCUUAAAGCAGUCUUGUUACAAAGGUGUAUUUAAAAUAAAGCGCUCGACGAACAAACGCA